UCGCUGCUGAUUGGCUGACAGACGGUGACGCAACUAUCCAUCGAAGUCUACUUGAAGGUGUGAGGCAGUCCAGUCCGCGCCCUAGAAGUGUAGGUGAAGCUGCGUUGAGGAUUCAGGCAUUCUGAGUUCUGGCGUGACCGUUAUCUGCAAGUGGGGAAGUUUAAAACAGAAAAUGGAGGAAAACUGGGAUACAGAAAUUUCAACUGAAAAACCAACUUACAUCCCGAAUUUCAGUUCCUUGGAGACAGACAAUACAGACAAUUACACUGCCUACUCCAACAAUGAUAUCACCAAUCAAAAUUAUCAAUCUGAAAGAAGUUUUGGAAAUCGAGGAGGUUAUCGAUCUGAAAGGGGUGGGCCUACUAAUUUUAACCGAGGAAGUCGAAUAGGAAGGGGAAGAGGGUUUGAUAGUAAUCGAAAUGACCAAUAUUCAGAUUCUUCUGAGAGAGAUGGAUAUAAUGCUAACGAGGAUACACAGAAACCUUUUCGAGGAAGAGGUGGGUUCAGAAAUGAGAAUGGACAGCGGCGAGGUUUUGGAGACAGAGGAGGAUUUAGAAAUGAAAAUGGACAGCAAAGAAACUUCGAUAGAGGAGAUUGGAAUAAUUCUGGUGAAGGAGAGGAGCGUCCUCGUGGUUUUGGGAGAGGUGGUUUUAACAACUUUGACUCUGAUACUGGUGGAAGAGGACAUAGAGGCGGCCGUGGUGGCAGGGGUGGAUACAAAGGAAGAAAUGAAGAAGUUGGUGUUGAAUCUGGAAAAAAUCAAGAAGAGGGAACAGAAAAAGAAGUAAAAAAGGUGAUCUAUGUUCCCCUACCGCCAUCUGAUAGUGAAGAUGAUAUAUUCCGGCACUACCAGUCUGGAAUCAAUUUUGAUAAAUAUGAUGAGAUUCUUGUUGAUGUGACAGGAAAGGAUGUUCCUCCAGCCAUAUUGACUUUUGAAGAAGCUAACUUUUGUGAGACACUAAGCAGGAAUGUCACUAAAGCUGGAUAUGUAAAACUAACACCAGUGCAGAAACACAGUAUACCUAUUAUAUUGGCUGGUCGUGAUUUAAUGGCUUGUGCCCAGACCGGUUCUGGUAAAACUGCUGCUUUUCUGUUGCCAAUCCUAAGUCAUAUGAUGAAUGAAGGCAUUACAGCUAGCCAGUUUUUACCACUUCAGGAGCCGCAAGCCAUAAUUAUUGCCCCUACCAGAGAACUUAUUAACCAGAUAUAUCUCGAUGCCCGAAAAUUUUCAUAUGGAACAUGUGUUCGUCCAGUAGUUGUAUAUGGAGGUAUACAUCCUGUGCAUGCAAUGAGGGAUGUUGAAAGAGGGUGCAAUAUACUUUGUGCAACCCCUGGAAGAUUGAUGGACAUAAUAGGUAGAGAAAAGAUUGGCUUAAGUAAGCUAAAAUAUCUAGUUCUGGAUGAAGCGGAUCGCAUGUUGGAUAUGGGGUUUGCCCCAGUAAUGGAGAACUUAAUAGGAAGUCCAGGAAUGCCAGCAAAAGAGGAGCGACAAACACUGAUGUUCAGUGCUACCUAUCCUGCUGAAAUCCAGAGGCUGGCUUCGAAGUUUCUGAAAUCUGAUCAUUUGUUUGUCGUGGUCGGAUUAGUUGGAGGAGCUUGUAGUGAUGUGGAACAAACAAUCCUUGAAAUACAAGAAUAUCGAAAAAGGGACAAGCUGGUUGAAAUUCUGCAAAGCUCAGGUAAUGAGCGCACAAUGAUUUUUGUAAAUACAAAAAAGAAAGCAGAUGUCAUUGCUGGUUACCUUUGUCAAGAACAUUUUCCGACAACAAGCAUUCACGGUGAUAGAGAACAAUGUCAAAGAGAGGAAGCUAUCCGGGAUUUCAGAAGUGGGAAGUGUCCUGUUAUUGUCUGUACAGCAGUUGCUGCGAGAGGCUUAGAUAUUGAAAAUGUUCAACAUGUGAUAAAUUAUGACGUUCCUAAGGAAAUCGACGAGUAUGUCCAUAGAAUUGGUCGCACUGGUCGCUGUGGUAACGUUGGAAAGGCAACUUCAUUUUUUAAUGUUAAUGAAGACCAUGUUGUUGCUCGUCCCCUUGUGAAAAUCCUUACUGAUGCUCAUCAAGAAGUCCCUGCUUGGUUAGAAGAAAUUGCCUUUGGUGGCCAUGGAGCUUUGAACAGCUUAUAUGCAGCAGACUCUAUGGGUGGAGAGGCUGGAGAAAAGUACGUCAGUGCUCCUUCAUCUGCACAAGAGGAGGAGGCCAGCUGGGAUUAAAUAGUAUAAGCAGAAUUCAAAUAUUGUUAAAAUAUCUUGUUUGAAAGCAUCUUUUCCAAGAGCCAAAAAGGCCAAAGUUGCACUACGUAAGAAUUCCUACUUUAAUAGCAAACAGCGCAGGUUAUUUUAUUUCAUUUACAUUGUUUCAAUAUUGAGUCUGUAUGAGAAUUUGUUUGCUUUCCAACAUAGUUUAUUUCAUUGAAAUAUAUAUUGUUUAACUGGAAAUGAAAAGUUUUACUUCUGCCUAUUAAACCAAGUUGUGUUUUUCUUCCAAACAAGCAUCAAUAAACUUGCGUAAAUAUGGGAA